AUGAGGAGGCUUUGGCUAAUACAUUGUAGAAAGAAUGAACGCUAUUGUUUCAAGGGGAGCUGGGACCGCAACAGCGCGCUUCUCUGUGCGGCCGCCGGCCAUGCCGACCACUGCGACUGCCGAUCCUGCCCGUUCCGCGUGGCGUUCGUGUUCAGCCAUGGCCGUUUCAGCACCGCCGCCUGCCUAUACUCGUCCGAAGCAGGCGUCUGGGGUGAGGUUACCUCCAUGUUUACUGGAAAUCAGUUCGUUGAGAGGAAACCAAUGGCUCUGGUUGGAAACACGCUCUACUGUCUGUUAGAUAACAACUGGAUCAUCGAGUUUGAUUUCGACACCUAUAAUCUGCAAGUAAUCGGGGAGCUGUCAUACAAAGUGCUUAAUAGCUGCAUCGGGCAUAUCAUCAUGACGACACAGGAUGGACAGCUUGGUCUUGCAAGCGUUGGGGGAUUCAGUCUCCAAUUGUGGUCAAGUACAACUUGCAUUGACGACGGGAUGGUAACAUGGGCAGAUCGCAGAGUCAUUGAUCUUGAGAAAUUGCUUGCACCGGAAGUAGUGGCAGCGUGUACCGCUCCAGUGUGGCCAACUGGCUAUGCUCAAGAUGCUGAUGUGAUCUUCAUUGAAGUGUACCCUAGCGGUGUCUACAUGAUCCAUCUCAAGUCCUUGCAGAUUGAGAAGGUUUCAGAGAAUAUGGUUCACGGGUACAUUUGUCCUUACACAAGUUUCUACGCUCCAGGAAUCAACAUUGGUGGUCAAGAUGAUCAACCUGAACUGUUGUUGGACAACACUCGAGAUGAUUGAAAUGUCACAUCUGGUAUCACGCUUUGGUUGUUGAGGUGAUGUAACAUUAUCUUUUACUACAUGUCUAUUGUUUUCCUUGCGCAUUUUGAUAGUUUUGUGGUUCAUAUAUUUGUAAAUGAACGGAUCAAUAUACUUUCAGUGCUAAGAAGCUGCAGUGCUAGUGCUGCAGUCUGAAUCUUUACUGAACAACGUGAUUAUUUUGCCCGUUUCCCUAUGCUUUCUCAAUUACAAAGUUUGGAAAAAGAAGUCGUCAGUUCUCUUUCUCUAGCCUCAGAAGACUAUUAUCUCCCAGAUUUUAUUCAGUUUUUUCUCUUGGAGCUGUGAACCACUUUCUCCUGCAUAUGCACACUUCAUUGCACCGAUGUGUUACCUUGAUGUAGUUUAUCAUGC